GGGGAGGGGGAAGGGGGAGGGGGAAGGGGGAAGGGGGGAAGGGGGAAGGGGGGAAGGGGGGAGGGGGGAGGGGGAGGGGGGAGGGGGGAGGGGGGAGGGGGGAGGGGGAAGGGGGAAGGGGAAGGGGGAAGGGGAAGGGGAAGGGGGGAAGGGGGAAGGGGGAAGGGGAAGGGGGAAGGGGAAGGGGGAAGGGGGGAAGGGGGGAAGGGGGGAAGGGGGGAAGGGGGGAAGGGGGGAAGGGGGAAGGGGGAAGGGGGAAGGGGGAAGGGGGAAGGGGGAAGGGGGAAGGGGGAAGGGGGAAGGGGGAAGGGGAAGGGGAAGGGGAAGGGGGAAGGGGGAAGGGGGAAGGGGAAGGGGGGAAGGGGGGAAGGGGGGAAGGGGGGAAGGGGAAAAGGAGAUGGUGAUAGGGGAAGGGGAAGGGGAAGGGGGAAGCGGGGAAGGGGAAAAGGAGAUGGUGAUAGGGGAAGGGGAAGGGGAAGGGGGGAAGGGGGAAGGGGGGAAGGGGGGAAGGGGGGAAGGGGGAAGGGGGAAGGGGGAAGGGGGAAGGGGGAAGGGGGAAGGGGGAAGGGGGAAGGGGGAAGGGGGAAGGGGAAGGGGGAAGGGGAAGGGGAAGGGGAAGGGGGAAGGGGGAAGGGGGAAGGGGGAAGGGGGAAG